AUGUCAGGCCAGAGACUCUUUUAUAUUAUACCCAAGCAUUCAAGUAGCGUUUUACACUGCGUCCAGUUUUACCCAGAUGAAAGUUUUAAGUAUGUUCUAGAAGUUGCUCUUGAAAUUUCUCUUGCUGGUGGAGUAAGCUUGGUCAAUAUAGGUUAUGACCCCCCUGAAGAAAGAGGAAAGGGAAGAGUAAAUGCUUCAAAUUUACAAGUGUUUACAAAUCAGACAGGUGGUUUGUGUCUGUUUUACUAUCAACCACCAAAAGAAUCACAAGACAUCACUUACACAGUAACAUUUUUACAUAAAGGAUGUAGCAAAACUUUUAAAAUUGCAGAACGAAUAAAAGACACUAGCAAUUGCAAGCUCAAGAGAUUAUCUUUUAUAAAUCUAGGUACCUAUGUUGCUGUUUAUUUGCCUGAUCAUUUUUUCCACUUGAUAAACACAAAAUAUCCAGACUUGAUGUGUUAUCACUUGUUUUUAUCUGAUGAGGGCUCCAGAAUAAGUGGCAUAUGCAGUGAUUGCCCUAUUCAGUCUUUAAUAAGUUCUAGUGUAUUGGACAGUUGCACUGGAAUAAUUUUCUCUGUGACUAUUGGCCAGGAAAAACUCCUUAAAUUCUUGUCAGAGAGCAGACAGGAUUGUGAGCGUCUAGCAGUGCUACAUUGUUUCUUACUUCACCUCAGUCUCCAGCCACAGCGGGAAACGCAGAUCAUUGAAUGGAUCUGUGAAAACCUGUCAACAUGUCAAACAUUGGACCCCAUACAAGAGUUCAUAUAAUUGCUUCUUUACACAGGAAUUUAAGUUCAGAGGCGACACACCUGGAUAAAGUUUUGGCAUACACAUCAGUGCCUUUUUGGGGACAGGGGCAUACGUGGGGUUUCAUGUACAACUGACAUUACAGAUAUGCCAGUUAUGAAGAUUAGUACGUUUAAAGGCUUCUGGCAGAAGUUUCAUUUUGAACUAGAAUAUAUGAAACAUAGC